GAUAAAAAACUUACUGUCAGUUUUUUACUCACUGUGGGUUUAAGUCCUGCAUCGCUAUGGAAACCAGACAACGAUGGCUAGAAGUAAUGCCCUCUGUGCAGUGUGACACAUAAAUCAGAAAAUAAAACCUAAAGUUGAUGUGAACAACAUUUUUUCCAAGUGUUCACAAAUGUUAGUAGUGCUGGGAAAAUAGUGGCUCCUCAUACUUUACAUAUUUUACUACUUACAUUUUUAACUUGUUUCCUUCUCACCAAUCUAAACACUGCCUGCAGUUUAGCUGAAAAUUCCUUGAAUUUUUGCUUCGUGCCUGUUGGUCACUGCUGAGUUUGCUAUGGUUUUUUGGUUUGGCCAUAGAGCAGAGAUUCUUUUUUUCACAGAAGCUGGUAGCAGCAAAUGGUUUAUUUUGUUUUCUUUUUAAACAGGACUUUUGACAGUUCCCUCUGUUUUUACAGUUUCUGACAAAUGGUGUCAUUUUGGCAAUUUUUUUAUUUAUUUUUUUUUAAAGAUAAUAUGCCUUCAAACCUAUUGGCAGUUUAUAGUUCAGAGGUCAUAAUGUAUUGUUUCAGCAUGGUGUUGAUGCUUUUACUCAUCAAAAUGAAACUUAGCAACCAUAAACUAUUCAAUCUCUGUCAGUAUCAGAUUGAAUCCAAAGCGGUGAAGCCUGACUAACAGGUUUAUGUAACCGCAGGAAUAAACAGAGUAGGUGAGAAGAGGCAUUGUUAGGUUUCAUUAUGAGGAUGAAAGACAAAACGCUAUGAUGACCAUUAAAAUGGUGAUUUUUCAUUUUGUCACGACUCGUAUGGAUUUUGACUUUUAUGUUUUUUUCCAGUUGAAUUACAAUGUAUGUUAAUAGUAAAUUACUUGCAUGGCCUCUUGUUGCCAAACUUCCUAAGUCAGAUGAACUCACCCAACAAUUUACUGGAAAUCCUUUAAAGCAUUUCUAGUAAACGAUACUGCUGCAAGACAGUAAGAGACAGUUGUGAAAUAUGUCCUAAAUCCCUCCCCUUUGUGCCCUUAAAUGACUCCUACAGGCUAAACAUACUAAUCGUUUUGGCAUCCGACAGGUUGAUGGAAUUCUACCCUCCUACCAUGGGUGUAGCUCGGGCCUAUAAAAACUCCUAAUACCUUGCGUUUUACUGUGCAUAGUUACCAAUACGUUACACGUUAACAAGACAUCAGAGACACCCACAUCGUAGCAAAAAGAUGGCAAACAGACCAGCCCUUUCCACUGCUAGAGGAGGGGAAAUAUAUGUGUGGGAUGGAAUCGGAGAUUCCCUGUCACUGUUGGAUGUUGUGCAUGCAAAUCAGUUUGAAGGGCAAUCAUUUGAUCGCACACUUAUUGAGCAGACAGAGGUAAACUUUUACAGAGGGGCUCCACCGAAGUGGUUAAACUUUCACAUUAGUGAACUGGAAGCCGGCAGAGCUCCUUUCAUUAAACGAGAUGGAUAUGAAACACUGAAGAGUCAAAUUCAGCAAAGUAGAACAGUCCCUGGAAUAUCCACUGUGAAGCUGUUCCACCAGCCAGGAUGUGGGGGAACUACAAUGGCCAUGCAGGUGUUGUGGGAUUUGCGAAAAACCUUCAGGUGUGCUGUUCUGACCAGCUCAACCUCAGACAUCACAAAUGUAGCAACGCAGGUGGUGAGCCUUUUCACAGCAGGCAGUCGAGGCCAUCAGAACACUGUGCUGCUGUUAGUGAAUGACGAGCAGAAAUUAGAAGAUCUCCAAGAGACCAUAAUGAAGACAAUUGCUGAACAGGAAAUAGUUACCCAUAUGCCUGUGGUGACUUUACUCAGCUGUGUGAGAAAAGAUGUAGUUCUACAGAAUGACCAAGUUGUCCUGAAGGCAGAGCUCUCAGAUACAGAGAAGCAAAAAUUUAAUGAGAAGAUGGAAGAGCUCAGAGAAAAGUAUGGUGACAACUACGAGCAGUUCCACGGAUUUAGCAUCAUGCAAACUAACUUCUCUCAAGCCUACAUCGAGCAAGCAUGCACAGUGUUCAGUCCAGUCCAAAAAGCAAAUCGACCAUUGAAGAACCAGCUUGUUGCCUUCCUCUGUCUGCUCAACACUUACGUUCCAGGUUCAUAUCUCCUCGAGUCUCAGUGCCUGGACUUCCUCAAACAUGAAGAUGGUUCACUGGAACAUGAAAUGGAGCCUUUUAGUCACCUCAUGAUUACCUUCCAACAAGAUGAAAGAUCAGAAAAAAAAGUCCGCAUGGUUCACCGUUUAUUAGCGAAGCACUGUACAGAACUGAUGGCAGAGGGAGGUGUGACCAGAAGUGACACAGCAAGAAACUUCUUGAACAAUUUUUGCAGAAACGAAGUUCCCUCAUUUUUGCUUGGUUUUGUCAAAGACAUGCUAACAAAAAGAGAAAUUAAUCAAGAAGAAAAAGAGGAAAAGUUUUCCAGAUUGAUUCUAGAUAUUAAAGACAACGCCCAGAGUGCCUCUGUUUUAAAAGUUGCAUCAAAGAAAUUUGAUCAAAAUCCAUUUUUUCCACAAGCUCUUGCUCGUUUUUCUUACAUUGAGCAGAAACACUACAAUCUAGCAGAAAUGUGGGCAAAAAGAGCAAAGGAAAGAGAUCCCAAAAAUUCAUUUGUUGCUGAUACACUGGGCCAAGUCUAUAAGAACCACUUGAAGAACCACCUGAUGAACCAGGGGUCCACUGCCACACCAAGAGAAAUUUUGCAACUGGCGGAAAAGGCCAUUGAAGCUUUCAAACUUGAAGAACAACUUGCUGAAGAGGAACAAGGAGAAGACAUGAGAGAAGAUGGGACAGCAAAAAUCUCGCAUGUUUUUAACUCCAGAGGGCAGUUUGGUUACCUGCAGGUCUGCGUUACGCUGUAUGACCUACUGGUCCGUCAUAAUGAACUUUGGAGAUGUGUUCUCACUAAGAAAGUGUCAAUGUGCUCUGUCCUGCAAUUACUUGGAGACAACAAACUCUACAGAUUUAAUGAUCUCAUUAACAGCCUUCGAGAUGAGGUUGAAAGAAAAGGGGAUUUUUUUGAGAAGUAUCUGACUUACUCAAAGCCCAACAUGGAGAAAGAUGACCCUGACUACAUUUCUAGGGACACUGAAUACUGCUACAGGAAGUAUGUUGGAGACUCAGCACCAAGGCAUAUCCAUCCAAAUGGCGCUAAACUCAUCCAGAAGCUUGAACAAAGCCUGCCUGACAGGAGGGAACUACUGUCGUAUCUCGUCAGAGACUACACUGAAUCAGAGCUUAAAGAGGUAACUACAAGGUGGAAAAGAAGUAGCUCAAUCACAGAUUCAGUCAACGACAUGCUGGCUGACUUCAUACAGAAAAUGCCCCUGAGCCAAGUGGAUGCCCCUGAGCUGCACAUGUUAGCCCUCCUCUUGUGCUGGCCUGAAAAUGAAGACAGAUGUGUCUCUGACCUGAGCCAGCUGAUUGGCCUGAUGCACAGCUCCUAUGAACAUGUAUAUAAGAAGUACUUUCGGUCAAGGUACCUUCUCCCUCUGUUUUUCAUCGGACAAGGUCAAGAUCUGAACAGAAUUGUUCACAGAGAACAAUUGGAGCAAAGUGAGGAAACACCACAUGAAAGCAAUGCCUGGAGGAAUGAGAGUAUUUUCAGAAACCCCAAGGUCCAGGCGCGCCUGCUUAGAGUUGAAGGAGUGGUACGAAACUACAGAGUGUAUGCAGCUGUUGGUGGCAAGGAGAUUGAAGUGGAUGCCAAUCGGCGUAACAGCCUCUGGAAACAACGGCAGGUUUCCUUUUACCUUGGCUUCACCAUCAGAGGUCCUGUGGCCUUUGACAUCCAGACCAAAACCACAAAAACAGGUUCAGCGACUGCCUCAGGUCAGCAUUCAGUGGAUCAACAUGGGACCGCUCAGAUGAACGAUGUGAGCAAUCCAGGAGCCCCCACUGACGGACUUUAAAAGUCACACAAGACCAGACAGCUGGACUCCCUCUGGUUGAUUCUUCAGCAGAACUUCCAUGAAGACGGGACACAGUGCAGCGUUGAGACUGUUCACCUGGAAGAACAUAACUCAACUGUCAGGAUGAAAACAAAACCUGCAAUAAAGGAGAUUUACAGUAGAUAACAAAGGGAGUUUUACCUGGACAACUCUCUCAUGAGUCUUUAAGACGGCAUCAACGUACAUCUUGGUGCCUUUCUCCUGCAUCAGCAUGACCUCUGUGGACUUUGUUGGCAAAGCGUAGCUGUAUGGAGACAGCAGCAAUAAAAACAUGUAGCUUUUUACUGUACUGCAAAGAUAACAAGGACAAAUCAAUUCAUUGACUGUUUUGCUUAUUAAUGUUUUACUACACAGUUUAUCUUUUGAGAUUUAUGCAUUUAUUGGUGUGGACAACUGGAAAAGCUCAUUUAUGUUUCUAUGCAUUUUAUGAAAGUUAACAGGAUUUUUUGUUUAGAUGAAGCCUCGCAUAUUGACAUGUAACCCAGCAGUUUAAUCACUUUGAUCUAUCUUUGUAUACAUUUUAAGAAUUUCACUAGAUGAUGGUUUAGGUCCUGAAAUGCCAUAAAUUAAGUGUGUAAACUGAUAAACUCUGUGGGAUUUCUUGUGUCUUCUUGCAUGUAGUAAGUCAUGUGACUUAUCCCAUAAGAAAAGAACUGCAACAAGCCUAUGUUUAUGCAAAUACAGGAUUUCAAAAUAGACUGUUUCAUAUGUAAUUAACAUCAGUUUUAAGAGUAAUAAAAAAGUAAAUGUA